AUGGACUAUUCCAGGAGUUCUCUUGCUCCCAAGUUCUCCAAGGAUCAACUAGAACUGGAUUCCAGGCAACAAUAUCGAAAUAUGAGCCCCCUCAGGUGUAAGGUUUACUGUUUGCUUUGGUCUCCAGAAGUCCAAUACCCUUUGAACACGUUGAAUGACGCGCGACACAGACACAACAAGGCGAUAUCCCUACCGGACUCGAGGUUUCGUUUUCAUAAGUUAAUCCGGUUUAUCGAAUCGUACGGGGCGAUAGCGGCAACCGUAUUCCGCUUCACCACAAACAAUGGAAAUCACACGCCUCCCGCGCUCAGCUCCUGUAAUCCCCUCGUUAUAGCCUCUCUUGUUAAUAUCCCAUUUCGGCUCUGCGAUCUAUAUCAUUAG